AUGAAACCCAUCCUCUUCGCCACCACCACCACCACCCUCCUCUUCGCCCUCACCUGCCACGCCGCACCCAACUUCCGCAUCGGCUAUCGCGGUGGAACCGAGUACGCCCUCCCGAUAUUAGACGCGGCAAACGCCAACGAAACCAUAGCCUUCAGCAACAACAUAUACGGCCUCCCCAACCUGGAUGAGUGGGAAUCCAUCAACACCAAUCAAGGAUUCUUGAUUCGCAAUGCAUUCUUGGGGACUUACAUUAGCUGCAGCGGGCAGUCGACAAGCUGCAGUCUUUCUACUGAGGAUGACGGAACCUUCUUUACAUCAAUCCAGUCGGAAAACAUUGAUGGAGUAGACUACUAUCAUCUUUUCGCUACGAUUGAAGAUAUUGAUGGAGGAAAUAUGUGGGUUCUUGAAGGUGGGAAAUAUCUCCACAUCGGUGUGUUUGACGAUCAAAAUGAAUUGCAGGAGAUUUCGCUUGUGCAGGAUUAA